CGGGCAUCCGGAGGGGGGAGAGGACGCACCUGCGGGGUAUUCAAAGGGGAAGGUCUUCAGGCAGAAUUCCACAGCAUCAUGUCAAGACCUGGGAGACGCUCAACACAGCCUCUGACUAAUGUUUACCUGGUCAGUCUGCUUCAGAAGAUUUUAAACAUCGGUGUAACUGGAGAAAGCACCAAGACAUGCACCUAAGUGAGAGUGUUCCAGUGAACUAACUGUGGAAAGAGCUUUAACCAAUUACACAGCUUGAAGAGAACAAUGCACCGUCCAUAGUGGGGAGAAAAGUACAUGUGGAAGAGGCUUCAGCUAACCGUCAACCUGGAGGGAUGCAAGGACGUGAGCACCACAGAGAGAGACCAUGUAGGUAUUCUUAUUGUGGGAAGGGAUUCAAUUCUCCCUCCCAGCUGGAAACCCACCUCCGCAGUCACACACAGUUGACAGACCUUUCCGGUGUGACAAGAGCUUGAAGAGCCCGCGGGGUCUGCUGACACGCCAGGGCAGCCACACCGGGGAGCGUCUGUUCACCUGUUCCCCCUGUGUGCCAAGGGCUUUGUUCGGUCACUUCACCUGCUGAGGCACCAGCAAGUUCACACACGACUGGGCCUUCGCUGUUAUUGCUGCUGCUCAUCACCUUCCUGACCGAACCACCAGUGUCGUUUCAAUGCUUCGAGCUUGCUGCUGAGGGAUGUUACUGAUUUCAAUUACUGGACCUGCAGUUGACUACUCUGGAUAAAUCUCAAGGCCUUCGACCAGGAGAGAGACACUUGAGGAGAGACAUCUCAAAGUAGACGCCCACCUCAGACUCUGACUGGCCAUCGAGUGGAUUCGCCCACGCAUGCCCGCCCUUGCCUGUUGAGAGAAAUGAGUGCCUGUGGAAGGGUAGACGGGACUGAGCGAGCAUACCCAAGUGACAGCGCUCGACAGAGUUGACUGCGGAUGAGGGCUUCCCCUCUCCGUGACGUGGACUGAGCGAGCGCUCGCCAGGAGACGGUGUCGCUGGCCCGGUUUGUGGUUGAGGCAGUGACUGGCCUGGUCCUGAAGGCCCCAUGGAGAAACCGUGGCAGUGUGGCGACUGCGGGAAGGGCUUCGACUACCCCUACCAGCUGGAGGCUCACCGGCGCGGUCACACCGGGGAGCGGCCGUUCACCUGCUCCGCCUGCGGCAAGGGCUUCACCCAGUCCUCCCACCUCCUGACCCACCGGCGGGUCCACACCGGAGAGCGGCCCUUCAGCUGCCCCGAGUGCGGCAAGGCUUUCACCCACUCCUCCCCGCUGCGCACCCACCGCCUCAUCCACACGGGUGAGCGGCCCUUCAAGUGCGCCGAGUGCGGGGACAGUUUCAAGAGCUCGGCGGAGCUGCUGAGGCACCGGCGGGUGCACACGGGCGAGAGGCCCUUCGCCUGCCCCGAGUGCGGCAAGGCCUUCACCCAGUCGUCAGACCUGCUGACCCACCGGCGGGUGCACACCGGCGAGCGGCCCUUCUCCUGCCCCGAGUGCGGCAAGGCCUUCACCCUGGCGGGGAACCUGGCGAGGCACCGGCGGGUCCACACCGGGGAGCGGCCCUUCGCCUGCUCUGAGUGUGGCAAGGCCUUCAGCCAGCGCUCCAGCCUGCUGGCCCACCGGCGGCUCCAUACCGGCGAGCGGCCCUUCGCCUGCCCUGUCUGCAGCAAGGCCUUCGCCCAGUCGUCCAACCUGCUGAUCCACCAGCGGGUUCACAACUGACUGCAGGGUUCAGGUGGCGGGGAGCAGGAGUUCAGCUCAUGGCGCCAGGGACCCAUGACUGUGCGUUCCCUCCUCCACCCCACUCAGUGGGUGUUCUCCAGUUUCCUCCCGCAGUCCAAAGAUGUACAGGUUGCGGUCGAUUGGCUGUGCUAAAUUACCCAUAGUGCUCAGGGAUGUGCAGGUUAGGGUGGAUUGUCCAUGCUAAAUUACCCAUAGUGCCCUGGGGUGUGCAGGUUAGGGUGGAUUGGCCAUGCUAAAUUACCCAUAGUGCCCAGGGAUGUGCAGGUUAGGGUUGGAUUGGCCAUGCUAAAUUACCCAUAGUGCCCAGGGAUGUGCAGGUUAGGGUUGGAUUGGCCAUGCUAAAUUACCCAUAGUGCCCAGGGAUGUGCAGGUUAGGGUUGGAUUGGCCAUGCUAAAUUACCCAUAGUGCCCAGGGACGUGCAGGUUAGGGUGGAUUGACCAUGCUAAUUUGCCCAGGGAUGUGCAGGUUAGGCUGGGUUAGUCAUGGGGAAUUCAGGGCUACAGGGCUAGGAUAGGAUAGGAGGCUGGGCCGAGGGGCACGAUCUUGUUCAGAGGGUAGGUGUGGACUACUUGGGCCGAAUGGACUGCUUUCACACUCUAGGGGUCCUAUGAAUCUCUGGUUCAAGUCCACUUGGAGUAUAGUGAGCAAAUUGUGUUUUUGUAAAAUUCAUCGAGGAGACGAGGGCAUCACUGGCCAGGUCCAACAUUUAUUGCCCCAUCCCUAAUUGCCUGGGGGCAGAGCAGAGUCAACCACAUUGCUGUAGGUCUGGAGUCACAUAUAGGCUAGAACAGGUAAGGACAGUAGUUUCCUUCCGCAAAGGGAUAUGAGUGAACCAGAUAGGUAUUUCCGACAAUGUUUUAUCAUGCGACUCUGAAAUUCCAGAGUUUCAUUGAAUUCAGAUUCCACCAUCUGCUGUAGCUGGAUUCGAACCCACAACUACAGAACCCCCUGGGGUGCCUGGAUUAACAGUCCCAUGGAAGUACCACAAGGCCAUCCCUACCGAGCCCUCCCCCAGAUCUGGGCACCACACCUGAGGAAGGAUAUCUUGGCCUUGAAGGGAGUACACUGUAAGUUUACAAGAACAACGCCUGGACUUUAGAAGUGACAUGAUGGACGGAUAUUAGACAAGUUAGGCUCAUUUUCUCCAGAAUUUCGAAGCUUAAGGGCCGUUCUGAUCAAAAGCUUCGAGAUAUUAAUAGGAAAGGGCAGGGUGGAUAAAGAUAGACAAUGACCUCUGGUUGGAGAUUUCAGAACUGAGGAAGUAGUCUACAAAUUAGGGCCAGACCAUGCAGGAGUGAUGUUAGGCAGUGUUUCCAAGCACACACGAGUGAUAGUGGUUUGAAAUCCUCCUCCACAAAUGGCAGUGAGUGCUGGAUUGGUUGUUAGUUUGAAAUCUGAAGCAGAUUUUUUUUUCUGUUAAGCCAAGGUGUUGAGGGAUGUGGGUCAGACAUUGGCCAUGAGUCCAUUGAAAUGGCCUCCCUCUGUUCCCUUGUUCCCAAGACAGCAGAGUUUGAUUGGAACAGCAAGGAAGUAGGGACUCACAGUUCCUCCAGUCGCAGACUCCGUCUCCUCCUCCCUCGCUGUUCCUCCAGUUGCAGACUUAAGUGAUCUACAUGAUUAGGAGAUGCCGGUGUUGGACUGGGAUGUAUAAUGUUAAAUAUCACACAACACCAGGUUAUAGU